GAAGGAUAAAUUGCUGAAUGUAUAUUGUAAUGUCAUGGUCAAGUGGAAAGGAUAAAAUAACGUCAGAAAGAAAGGGUGAAUGGGCAUCAUAUGGGUUGAUUAUAAGAAACUUUCGACAUUGUUUUACAUUUAAGGAAUUUGAAAACAGUAACUAUGAGAACGGUUGCCGGUUUACCAAGUUUUGUGAAAGUGGUAGAAGUGGGCCCACGAGACGGCCUUCAAAAUGAGAAGACUAAGAUACCAACUGCAACAAAAAUUGAAUUUAUUAACAAACUGUCCCAGGCAGGUUUUUCUAAUAUCGAAGUAACAAGUUUUGUUUCACCCAAAUGGGUGCCACAACUAGGUGAUCAUGAGGAAGUGAUGGCUGGUAUUCAAAGACAUAGUAAUGUUAUCUACUCUGUGUUAACUCCUAAUCUCAAGGGAUUUGAAGGUGCUCUCAAAGCCAAUGCUGAUGAAGUUGCAAUCUUUGGUGCUGCAUCUGAAUCUUUCAGCAAAAAAAAUAUCAAUUGUUCCAUUGAAGAAAGCCUGAAACGGUUUGAAGGCGUGACAAAAGCAGCACAAGAAAACCAAAUUCCUGUCCGAGGUUAUGUGUCCUGUGUACUUGGAUGUCCUUAUGAAGGAGACAUUGACCCAGAGAAAGUGGCUGAUGUAUGUAGAUCAAUGUUGGACCUUGGCUGCUAUGAAAUAUCCCUUGGUGACACCAUAGGUAUUGGCACACCAGGUAAAAUGAAGAGGCUUAUUUCUACAGUCUGCGAUGUGGUGCCAGUUGAGAAACUUGCUGUCCAUUGCCAUGACACCUAUGGACAAGCUCUAGCAAAUAUUUUUGCAGCAUUACAGAUGGGAGUCAGUGUUGUAGACAGUUCAGUAUCUGGUCUAGGUGGUUGUCCAUAUGCUCGUGGGGCCAGUGGUAAUGUUGCAACAGAAGAUGUGGUUUAUAUGCUUCAUGGUUUAGCAAUCAAAACAGGAAUUGACUUACCAAAACUGAUUGAAGCUGGCCAGUUUAUCAGCCAAGCAAUAGGGCGGUCUACACGAUCUCGAGUAAAUCAAGCAUUAGCACAUCUCUAGAAGCUGAAUUACUUCAGCAAUUGUUAAACAUCAACUGAUAGCUUUGAAAUUUUUUAGGUGGUGCAGAGAUGUUUUUUAGUUGUACUAUUACUGUAACACACUUUUAUUCUAUUGCUCUAAAACAAACAACAUAUGACUGCUGUAUAUAAUUGUAGUAAUGAUUCAAACUGGUUAGACAGUGUCUACAAUCAUUUCUUCAUACAAAUUUCAAUGUUUCUUUUUCUUGAUAUGGUGAAUCAGUGGGAUCUAAUCUAUAGUUGCUACUAUACUGCAGCUAUUGUGUGAAAUUUUGUAAGGACUGUAUCACUUACCAGACUGCAAUCAUGUGCUGUUUUUAUUUACUGACUACAAGAUGGUGAGUUGGUAGAAAAGGGAGAUUGCUUUACUCAGAUGACUUACAAUGUUUAAUUUUGUAUCUCAGCAUUCUGAGAAUCAAUUUUAGCUUUUAGCCCUUCUAUGUCUAUAGAUUUGAUUUAGUCUGUUGAAAAUAUUGAUGUUGUACCUAUUCAGUUAUUACCAAAUUGUAGAUUUGUAAAAAUAACUUUUAGCAUGUUGCAUCAGUGUCUUAAAGCUGCGACAACAACAGUAAUACUACUUAAAACUCCUAAAUUAUUACAUAAGACUACUAAUGAAACAAUGGAUUGCUAUCAGUGAAGGUGAAAUAUUACAACAUUCUGGAGAAAUUGGUGUCAAUGUGGAUAAUGUUUGUGUGUAUGUGUCUAUAUUUAUUAUGCCUCAAAUUUGAUGAAAGCUGCCAAAAACUGAUUUUUUUCUUUCAGUUCAGUUAUUUUUGAAUCAUUGUAGUCUUGUCUCCACCAUUGUGGUACAAACUACACGACUAUAGCAAUAAUAUAUUGAAUGAAGAUACACUUCUAUUAUCAAUUUCUCCAUGUUCUUUUCCUUCAUGUGGCUUUAGUGUCGUGUUUAUAUAAUGUUGAUUUCUUAUCUGUGUUAAGGUAAGUCACUCAUGCUUUUCCCCAUGUCCCUUAGUGAAAUACAUGGAGACGGUCACAAUCAGACGUCAGAAUCAAAUUGUGAA